AUUCUGAUUGAUUGGCAAAACAACGAUACCGUUGUAUGGUAUUGAAAACUAGUUAUAAGAGUCUUGAAUGUUUAGCCAAGAUUCGUGGUAUGCAAUGUAUGCCAACGAUAUUAAUUUUUGUACCGAUUGCAGUUUGACUGAAAAUUGCACUUGGUUAGAUGAAGAACUAUUUAAAAACCAUAUUUUUCUGAAUAAAGUGAACAUUUUCAAAAUCGAAUAGGAAUCUUGUAACAGAUGUCUGUCUGGAGUACCAGUGCUGUUUGUCUAGAUUUAAGCAACUCACAUUAUAAGCCUCAGAACACAGAUGAUAGCUUCAAUAGAUUGAGAAAUCACAAUCAUCAUUCCUCACAUUACAAAAAUAUGUCUCUCUCAGGAGACGAGAUCCACAACCGUCGCUACCUAUCAUGGCGAAAACUCCAACUUUCCCGAGCCAAAUUAAAAGCAUCUGGCAAAACAUCAGCUCUUCUUUCUGGUUUUGCUAUGGUCGCGAUGGUAGAACUUCAACUUCAAACUCCAAACCAUAUUCCAAAGGAAGUCCUUGUAGCUUUCGCUAUCAUUACCACACUUUUGGUAGCUGUACACAUGCUGGCACUCAUGAUAAGUACUUGUAUACUACCAAACAUUGAAGCAAUUUGUAAUUUAGAAUCCAUAAACUUGGUGGAGGAGUCACCGCACGAGAGACUACAUUGGUACAUAGAAACCGCCUGGGCGUUUUCAACACUAUUAGGUCUUCUGCUAUUUUUAGCAGAAAUUGCCAUAGUAUGUUGGGUGAAAUUUAUAGACACCAACGAAGUUGCUGCUUGGGCAGCCACAAUUAUUCUAGUACCCAUAUUGUUUGUAUUUUUAGCUUUCGCAAUACAUUUUUAUAGAUCUUUAGUAACCCAUAAAUAUGAAACUACAUUAUCGGGUAUAAGGGAAUUGGAGAUUCUGAAGGAACAGAUCGAAUCCGGUAACGUUAAUGGGCACAGAAACGGUGUCGGUGAUUUAUUACAAGAUAUACACGUAAUUUAAGUUACUUAAAUAUAAAGUGCCUUUAUACAGAGCGUUUCAAAAAGUAUCAUCCAAUUUUCUAGGUUUAUAUUAACAAAACUAAUGAUCAUAUGGAUAUGAGGUUACUUUUAUAUUAAAUGGUUAAGUUGUUUCAAAUACCAUUUAAAGAGCCCCUCUUAAGAUAUACACCAUAUGUCUGUUCGAUAAUCAAAUUCGUUCUAAAACUUACUUAGCAGUAUUCCCAUGGGCUUCCACUAAUUCCCUGUAUCGUUCUAUCGCAUUUCUCCCUCGGAGAACAGUUAUUUUGAUGUAAGCGCUUACCAUCACACUAUAUCUCUCGAUACUCACCAACUGACUGAUUUCACAGCACUCACUGCACAACUAGCAGCUAUUUCAGGGUCAUAUGUGGCUCUGCAUACACACUAUGUCUGCAGAUCUUCUACACAUUUGUUUGACAACUAUUUUCAGGACAACAAAAAAUUACUUCCUUCUCUUUUCAUUAUCGUCCAAAGGAUAAAGUGACACUAUUUAUAUUUGAUUCAACAGUUGUUUCCAUACUUGCCUAUCCUGUGCAAUCUUUUCAGCAUGAUUCAGUCUCAUAUUUAUUAAGUGUUUUGUUUGGUCUACCCAUCUAGUUAGAGAUCUGUCUCUUGGGUGUUUGGAAUCUUUUGGUGGUAGUGCAUCAAAACUCAUUACACGUCCACUGCUUUCUUAAAGAUAUAUGCAUUAAUUUUUAGACAAUGCUCUAGCAGAGGACAGAUAUGAAGUGUCUUUUACAAAAAAAAUCAUAAACAGUAAGGGGCAGUGACCUUGAAGGCCUGUGGUGUAACGCGAUGUAACUGCCGAUUCAUUAAGGUCUCAGUCUCCUAUUAAAUGUUAUAUAUGGCUUGAGCGUAAACCUUCCGAUCGACGUCGAAACGCCAGACACAGCGUCAGCGAUCAAUUUAUCUCAUAAACGAACGAUGACGUCUCGUUCACAAACAGUACUAGCAUGUAGUCGUGUGAUAUAAAAUGGAUAUAAAUUCGACACUUAGACGACAUUAGAGACGAGUCGCAAAACGUUUGAAUGGCGCCUACGGUGUCCACACGCCAAAGUCAGCGUGUGAAAGAGACUACGACAGUAAAUAUCUAUAGUAAGCAUCGUGACGCGGCGUACGGAGUGACGCUGUACGCAGCCGACGGCGUUUAUAGGAGACAACAGCCUAAGGAAGCCCAUAGUUUAAAAUAUUCAUUUUUUUCUAACCGAGGGAAGAGAUAUAGUGGUAUGAGAAAGAAAAAGGGAUCAUAAACUUUGCACAAAAACCAAUAACUUUUGGAGAGUCUCAGUCAUGCUCUAUACAAUUUUUGGUGUGAUUGCUUGAUCCCCAUAUUCUCACAUUGUGGCGGUUAUUUGUCCACACAAAUGAGAAGUUUUCCAUUUCCAUCAUCAUUUUCCACUCGGAAAUACUUAUUAUCUACGAUUACUACAUUCAGAACACAGGUUUUUGAACUAUUAUUUAUGGUACACAGCUGGAAACUUUUUCAAAUUUCCUCCCAUAAAAGAUACUCCUCCUUCUCCCUAUAUUGUAGUGAUUGAAAUUUGUACGCUAAGCAUAAAAAACGCUUUCCGUUGCGCAUACAUUUUUUGUGCAUAUUUUGCUAACUACUGAGUUGGGCGUUAACGGAAUCGCUAUUUCUAACUAGCGGAAAUCACAUAAAUCUCCAGAACUUCUAUCUUAACAUUAUAUUGUUCGAUUGCAUCGGAUUAAUUUCUAUUAUGUUGCUAAAUAGGAUGAUUCUUUUUGAAACACCCCGAAUUAUAGUUUUUAUGAAUAUUUACAAUGGUAUGUGUGUGAUAUUUUAUAGAAAUCUCUGGGAUAGCAAUAUUGCUAUAUUUGGUAUUUGAUAUUAUGUACCUAAACGUGAUAUGAAAACAUGUUUUUAUUAUAUUUUUUUAAAAAAAUUUUAUUAGUUUGGUUUGAAAGUGAAAAUCCAAACCGUUUAUGUUAAUUUUAAAGAUUUUAUUGUAAGUAAAUUGAGAAAUAUUUUAUUAUUAUUAUUAUACUAACAAAUCUUGAAUCAUUCCUUUAAAGGAGAGGGGGGUAAGGUUUUAAAAUUUUUUUUGCAUUAUUUUUUUCUAAAUGAACAGAAUAUAUAAUCUACAAAUUUUAUGUCAAUCCGAGUAAAACUAACAAAGUUAUGUUUUAAACGACCGGCCUUGAUACCUGGUAGUCGCUAGUAGUCGAAUCCCUUUCUCCGUCUGUGUGUUGGUGGCAUUGAUCACUCUAUGUAAGUAUGAAAAUUCAUGUUCCUUUAUUGAUGGUUUAUUUGUAAUUUUCAAAAAUUUAAAUCGAUUUUCUCGAAAAUGUCAUUUUUGAAGUUCGUGAACAUUACAACUCAAAAUCUACUGGACCAAUUCUUUUGAAAAUUUGAACAUUACUUCUUCACAGGUAAUCAGGAGAAGUUUGUUUUUGUUUUUCAUUUUUUUCUAUUUUUUAAUAAAAAAUUAACUACGAUUUUUUAGCUAAAAUCUCGUUUUUGUAUGGAACGCCUUAAUUAUCUCUGAAACGGGGCCUGUACGAUUUUGUUUUAUAAACGAUGUUUUUUAAGUGACCCCACAGGAAUUAGUCUAAAGGAUUCAUGUCCGGUGAUCGCCGGGGCCAUUAGAUAAAAACAAGGCCUUCCAAUCCAUCUUCUGCGAAACAAAUUAUUUAGAUAUUGCCUCGCCACACACGCAUUGUGAGGUGGGGCACCAUCUUGUUGUAGCUAAAUAUUAUCUACUUAUUCUGAUUUGGAAAUAUCCGAGCCAAUUCAGGUAGAAUACUAUUUUCCAAUAAAUCUAAUUACGCCGGACCAUAUAAGUUAACCACAAUGAAAAAGGGACCAAUUAUUUUGCCUCCUAUUAUCCCAGCCCAUACAUUCAUUUUUUCGGGAUAUUGGGAGUGGGAUUCACGCGUCCAACGAGGAUUGUUAUACGUGACCAGUAUAUAAAAUUAUGCCGAUUUACGUUUCCAUUAAAUCAAAAAGUGACCUCAUCGCAAAACAUAACAGUACUUGGAAAAUUUUGACCGUUUUGAUUGUAACUGUUUUUCAUCAGUAGAUCUGGAAAUUCUUCGCGUCUAUCAAAAUCGUCAUCUGACAACUCUUGAACCAACGUUAUUUUGUAUGAAUGGAAUUUAUUAUCACGUAAAAUUUUCAUUACCGAUGUUUGCGAAAUAUCAAAUAUUCUACUUGAAUACAAAACAGAAAACACUUGACAAGUGUGGAUCGCACAGGACACAAACAAACUAAAGAUUUGUUUUCAGUUGAUGCAGUUUUUCCAAUUUCGUUCAACUUUUGUACUAAUUUACUGAUGGUAGAUCUCGUUAUCGGAUUUCGGUUAGGAUAUAAAUUCUUAAAGAUAUUACACGUUUCUUAUUGACGCCUAUCACCAUAUCCUAAUAUAAAAAUAUCAAUUCAUUGUUUUUCAAAUAAACUAUCCAUUGUGACUCUCAAUAAACUUCAACGAUAAUAAUUUAUUUAAACGUCAAAUUUGUUAUUGUAGCAGUUAUAGUCACCAACAUGUAUUAUUUUAACUUCGGCAGAGAUAACGCAAAUGUAGCUGUAAAUUGUGGCAUUUCGGCAUAUAAGUAUUUCAAAAAGCGAAUCCAUCUACUACAAUGUAAACACCACCAUAAUACCGGCCGUAUCACAAGACCCUUGUACACAAAAUUUCUAAAAAUCGUACAAGCCGUUUCCGAGAAAAUUGAGGCGUUCCAUACAUAAAACUCACUUUGUAUAUAAAAAACACUUUUCCUGAUUACCUCGAAAAUACUUCACCUCUAAAGUGAAUAACAAUUUUUUUGUUUCAAAUGAUACGGUAACGAUGUAUAAUGUUUACCGCAAAACUACUUUUUUUUCAAGGCGCCUCUAGAGAAUCAACGUCACCGGCUUGUUUAUCAAUAUUUUUCAUUGAAAAUUUUGUAACAUACUUCAAAAGAUGUACAGUCAUAUGUAAUUAAAUUUAAUAAAAUUAUAUUAUUCACGUCGCCGCAAAAAAAUCACGAAAAUAUGCUUUUUUCGCUUUUAAAACCUUACCCCCCUUAAUAAAAUAUUUUAUAAUAACGUUAUUUUCCAAUAAUAGGAUAGUUAAUUCUCAACUAUCAUUUCAAAUGAAAUAAACAUAAGUGGCCUAGCUGGACGUGAAUGAAGUGGGCCAUUACCCACGGCCCCGCUACUCGUUUUUAAAAGCGAAGCCAUCAGACAUAGAAUCCCUGUUUCGAAUUCUAAAUAAAAACUUGAAAUAGAUUCAUAAUGGCAUGAUAUUGACAUGACAUGACAUUUUUCCCUUGAAGAAAAGGCCAAUAAUUCCUUUGCUUAAGAUUACUGCCCAUACCGUUACUUUCGAACGCAGUGGUUUUUGAUGUUUCAUUUUUGGUUUUUUUUUCGGUCCAUUAACAACAAUUUUGUCGUUUACGAAGCCGUUUAAAUGAAAAUGAGCCUCAUCUGAAAAAAGGUGUUGUCAAAAGUGGGAAAUCGACUAAGAAUUUGUUCAGCAAAUGCCAACCUUGCUCCAAAGUCAGUAUAUUUUAAUUCCUGAGUUAACUGGAGCUUAUAAGGAUGCAGUUUAAGAUCCCAAAUUUGAUGUAAACUUCGUCGAGAAAAAGUUUAAAGCCACCGAUCGCUUCCGAGUUGACACAUGCGGAUUUUCUCGUAUGGACUCCUUCACCCUAUCAAUAUCGUCUGUGGUCCUAGACGUUCUUGUUGGUGGUUUAAAUGUGGAACCGGUCUCUUAACGCUUAACCCAUAUUUCAAUUAAAUUUGCACUCGGUGCUUCCAUAUUCUGAACGAUACAGUCGCUAUGUCAAGACGUUUUAUUAAAACGUGCGAAUACAAAAAGCGCGACGAAGUGACUCAUGGCUUCUAAAACUCCACGAGUGCAACUAUCCAACCACGCUAGGCUCCCCCGCCCAUGCACUGUUUACCUCGCGAAAAAAGAUGAUGCAAUAUGCACGUUCUAUUGUACCACCCUAGGUGCGUAUACUAUUUUUUCUCUCGACGGGAUGAAAAGUUCGUCCAUGACGUAUUCUGAUUCACUAUCACUAGAAUCGUCUAAAUUUUUUUAAUUUCAAUUCUGCAUUUUCACGCGAAAAUAAAUACUAAAUGUCAUUUGAAGCAAAUGGUCAUCGAAAGUUAACAUUUCGAUAAACAAAGCAAAAAGUAAAAGAAAGUUCUUCCCGGGAAAGAACAGGCCACUCUUGUCCCGCAUAACAGUGACGAAAAGCGAACUUUUCAUCUCGGCGAGAGAAAAAAAUAUUUUUUACCCAGUGUGGUUAUUAUUUGUAUAUUUGAAUGUAUUUUGAAGUUUAAUGUCAUUCCAAAUUCGACUAUUUUAUUAUCAAAAUAGGGCAGUUGUACAAAAAACAUUUUAUGACAUUUGUAUGAAAAGUGAUCAAAUUAAUUGAGAAACAUAAAGUAGAACUGAACACAAUUGUCAACAAAACGAAUUUAGCAACAUAAAUCUAUUACAAAUAGAGGAUUUCAGUAAAGCAAAAAACCGAAGAACGUCACUUUUGUAAAAACUUGAGUUACAAAAUAAAACUUCCACCAAA